UUUUUUCGAAUUGUUUCGUGUUCUGAGAUGAGCCUUAUUUCAGAUUUAUUUGUAAUGCAUUGCAUGGGCAUUUGUAUUUCUGACUCAAACCGCAUGAAGUUGACUUUGAUACCCAGCAACCCAAUUUCAAUUCCGACUUGAAUUUAUUCGUGUCAUUGUUAUUGCACUAUUUGUAUUACAAAUUAGUUAUAAUUUGUUUGCUCUGCUAGACCUUUACCAGUGAAUGGUAUAACAAGUUCUAUCUGCCUUGCUCAGUUAAUAAAUUGUAGUUAGUAAUAGAACAAAGACCGUCGCAGCUGCCCGUUAUUCCAAUUGAAGCAUGUCGAUGCGUUGUCUCAAAACUUACUUUACUUCAAAACAGUAUUGCAUGCCUUAUCCAAUUCUUCGCUUCCAGUAGUAACGAUUAUACUCACUGAUUGCCUUCAAAGAUAACCCACUGAUUUAUUCGGGUUAACAUUAUCAACGGCAAUAGCAAGUCUACAGUAACUUAUCUCUAUCGUUGUCGCAUAAAAGUUAAUGGCAGACAAUUUAUUGUUGUCUGCAUAAAAAUAGAGUUCGAAGCUGCAUCAUAAAUUUGGUUAUCUUAGGAAGUUAAUGGUGUCGAAGAGCUGAAUAAUUGUGUCUAACAUUUCUCGAUGAAUUAUUUUUACUUUACGAGUAUUGUCUUUUCAAUUUUUGACUCAGUAGAAAAUACUGCUCACUUCCUCGAAUCGCAAUUUGUUCGCUGAACAAUUGAGGGAGUCAGUCAAAAAAAAAUUCUAUCCGUCUGAGAAAAUCUAUCAAUACGUUAAUUGAGUGUACAAGGAAUGUCUCUUAGCUGUGACUUCCUAUCUAUUUCUCAGCCGGGGUCGCAAAUGUCCACCCCCGAUGUCACCGAUAGGCCUACAAUUGGGGCUGCUGGGGGGCAGGAUCCGUUUGAACUAGAUGUGCCGGUCAUUUACGGCCGGGGUUUUAUGAAGCAAUUGAAAACUAUUGUUAUGAAGCUGGACAACUUCACACUACCGGAUGAUGUAAUCGAAAAGACUGUCCGCGAAUUCAAAGCGUCAAAUCAGCAACAAAACGAUUCCUUGUCUUGCAAUGGACCCUCUGUGUUAACGGAGGAUAUUGCUCCGAGCUCUAGAAGGCUUACAAAAGUUGAACUAAAAGACUAUGAACUGCACUGUGUAUAUUUUGCUGCCGCUGGUCAUUGUUUUGAAGAACUGCCGUUGACUGAGUACAAAGUAUCUGUUUUGGACCAGAUUUUCCCAGUCAUUAAACCGUACACACCUUCACGCUUCAAUACCAUUGACGACGGUGCAGAUACUUUACAGUCCAAGCCAUCAUCGUCGUCACUUAACAGUUUCAGUUCGGCACCUGGACAGCAUAAGAAUGUGUUUAUACUGUGUGUGAACAGAAAGGGCGAUAAAAUGCCCCGGUUGGGGGAUGGGAGGGUGAUGAACACCUUGGUUCAGCAGUACUCCCCCUCGGCACUCAGUCUCCCCUCGAGCGACCAGUCCGAUCUCUGUGCUCUUCCAGAUCUGAACGAGAGAACGUUGCUCUACCACAUCAAAGGACGGUUUGAGAAGAAGAAGUUCUACACGUAUGUGGGGACCAUUUUGAUCUCAGUCAACCCAUACUGGAUGGUGGGCUCUCUUUACGGGGUGGAGACGAUGCAAAAGUACCAGCUGCAGAGUUCGACCACUGGAACUCUUUCAAGGGGUUUGGAGCCACACGUGUUUGCAGUGGGUGACCAGGCGUUUGUGGGGAUGCGAGAGAGCAAGCAGGACCAGUGCAUAGUCAUAAGUGGGGAGAGUGGCAGUGGGAAGACGGUGGCGGCCAAUGACAUCAUCAGGUACCUCAUGCAGCUCGCCAACCAGGGAGACCCCACCAUGCUGGAACUCAUGAUCGCACACACCAGUCCCAUUCUCGAGGCAUUCGGCAAUGCGAAAACGGACCACAACGACAACUCGAGUCGACAUGGAAAGUACAUUCAGAUUCAGUACAAGGCGGGGGGAAUAGUGAACGGAGCUCGUGUCCAAAAAUACCUAUUGGAGAAAUCGAGGAUCAUUCAGCAUAAGAAGAAUGAAAGGAACUACCAUGUGUUUUUCUAUCUGUUGGCGUCAGACUACACUGAUGAAGAUGAAGUUUGCAAGAGUCAGUUUUCAUGGCUGAAAGAGAUGCUCAGUCUGACCAAGGCCUCGGACUACCACUACCUUAAUCAGAGCGAGCUGAGUUCGAACGAGCAAGAGGACUUGGAAAGUUUUCUCUACCUUGUGCAGUCUAUGCAUGAACUGCUGGGGGCAUCUGGCAUGCGUUACAGUGAGAAACAGCAGAAGCAGGGACUGCUCUCAAGCACUAUAGUCAAUGUAUUCACAAUCUUAGCCGCCAUCCUCCAUUUGGGAAACGUUCAGUUCGCACUCCCAGCCAGCGAAAAUCUAGAAAAGGAUCUGGUCCAGAUCAUAAACGAAGAGCAUCUGAAAUUGUUCUGUGAACUGAUGAAACUGCCCCUUGACAAAGUGAAGUUGACGUUGCAAACUAGAAAGCACGAAGGCGCCGCACAGUUUGUGAAGCACAACUCGAUCAGAGACGCGGAAAAUGCGAGAGACACUGUGGCAAAGUCGCUUUACAGUUCCCUGUUUGACUGGAUCAUCAGACAGAUCAAUUUCCGCAUGUUCAGUGCUUCUAUGAAUGAAUCCAGCUAUUAUCAGUCUAUAUAUUCAACCGGAGAGGAGAGGCAGAUCGGAAUCCUAGACAUAUUCGGCUUCGAGGACAUCGGCUUAAAGAACAGCUUUGAACAGUUUUGCAUCAACUUUGCCAACGAACAGCUCCAAUUCUACUUCAACGAUAACAUUUUUUGCCUGGAGCAGCAGGAGUACAAGAAUGACGGAAUCAACUGGAUGGACAUUGAUUACGUCAACAACAAGCCAUGUAUUGACUUAUUCGUCAAGCGACCAUUUUGUCUGUUUGCGUUAAUUGAUGAAGAGUCAUCGCUGUAUAAUGGGACUAAUGAAAAGCUUUUAGACAAAUUUGAGCAAUUGGGAAACAGUAAGCUAGCCCAGUCUAAGUACUUUAAGUGGCGCCCUGUGAAACAGGAUCCAUUAUCAUUUGGGAUAAAACACUACGCCGGUGACGUGAGAUAUAAUAUUUCCGAGUUCAGAGAGAAAAAUAUGGAGAAAACGAACGACUUGAUGCGUCUUAUGAGAUGUCACACGAGUAGUUUCUUCGUGAAAGAGCUCUGCUGCUAUUCGCCUGUGGGCAUCGCCGGUUGGAGGACAGUGCGCAAUGUGAUCUCUGCGGCCGCCGCCUUCUCCCAGAUAUCGCGUGGAAAGUUGAAAGUGAUCAGUGCCAACUCAGCAGACGAUGGGAAGAUGCGAGGCAGAUCGAAGAGUAUUGGGAGUGCGAAGCUGCUUCUUAUGCACCAGACGAACAGCCGGUCUGACUCUGUGGAGAUGGAGGCCAGUCCUCUCCUCACUCAGCACAGCCGGGAGAACUGGACAUCGCCGGGUUUCGAUCCUAGAAUGGCAAAAGCAGUCAGCACGGCAAUGAGUCACAGAAAAGCAAAUCGUCUCCGUCGAAUCAGAGAUCAGGUGUCUCUGGAGUUUGACGAAAAGACAGUUACGCGGCAGUUGAAGUACACUGGAAUGCUGGACACUAUCCGAAUUCGCAGCUCAGGCUACAACGUCCGAAUGCUCUUUGAUGAUUUCGUCCAAGAGUAUCGCAUCCUACUUCCGCACGGACGCAAUUCCAAUCGACAAGACGUGGAAAAGCUCUUAUCUGACAUCUUCCCAGAUCCCAAAUCUUUCCAACUGGGAAACAGCAAAGUGUAUUUGAGGGAGAAGGGCCACAUGCAACUGCAGUUUUUCAUCGAACUGAAGCUGUCAAUCAAGGUGCAGAUGAUUCAGCGCUGGUGGAGACAGAUACUACCAGCAGUGCUGGACAAGAGACAACAAAAGGCAGCUGCUACGAUUCAAAGGUCUUUCAACAAGUACAAACAUACUAUGAAAGAACGAGAGACGGAAAAGAUGAAUCAGUUAUGUUUGGAUUUUAACGGAGAGUCUGGCGAUAAGUCGAGGCCUUUGAGGUCCUGCACGUUCUCGUCGCCAGAAGACGAAGAACCGGGCAAGCGGGGCUCAACUCGCAGUUCGGAUGAACGGAAGCCAAUUAAACACAAGGAGACAAAAGAUAAACGCAAGAGUGCAGACGACAGCAAGACACAAAAGGCACCAAAAAGAACACUGCAUUUGCCAAACUGGAGCACAAAGUCAUGGUUUUCUGGAAGUUCAGAAGCACUAGAUAGUGAAUCAGGGCGUUCCAAGAAGAAUGUCAACUUUUCUCGUGAAAACAGACCAAAGCCUAUCAGACAUCAUUCACCCGCAAAGCCUUCACCCGAACCACACGUAACGCCCACACGUAACACAAUUGCUGCAUCAUCACCCGCCGCCUCCAGAUUACUGUCAUCGCCUAGCUACCAAAUGUGUCAAAAGUGUCACACUAAGACUCCCGUCGCACCAGAUGGAGGUGACGUCACAAUCAUCACAUGCACUAAAUGUUCGUCACCGGCGGUAGCAAAGGGCAAGCAAGUGGGGGUGACACCUUCACAGUCAGAGUUUGAGACCAUCUGCAAAACAGUUCUGCCGGCCGACAAGCUUUACAAAGUGCUCCUUAAAGACACAAAAGAAGUCAACAGAUUCACGCAGUUCCUGAAUACAAAUAUGAAGAAACUGAGUCUAAAUGAUACGAAUGAUCUUCUCAGAACUCUGUCCUCUCUCAAAAUUGAUCUCCUGAUGCAAUGUGGACAACAGACCGGUCGCUCCUUUCGGCCGAUUAAGUACUUGCAAUUAGUGAAGAUGUUCAUGGAAAACUACGACAAAGUCACGAAGAAUAGAGUGAGGUCCACUCCGAGCAGAGGUGGGACAGUGCUCGAUGCGAAGCACGAGAAAGAUGCACUCUCCAAAGCCUUCCUCGUGCGAACUUUCGUAGGGAUCCUCAACCUCUUUGACAAAAACCAGAAAGUGGAGGUGGAUUACAUUCCGAAGCGGAAGCGGACCAAGAAGUCGAUGCGGAUGCGGGAGAUCAAAGGCCAUCAGCUGCUAGAGAAGCCACACUCACCACAAUACACGUGUCCCUGUGGAAAGAAGAAAAUCGACGACUUCGUCUCCUGUUCAUUGUGCAAGGUGACAAUUCACAAAAUGUGUGAAGGACUUCUGACUGAGUGCAAAGUGGCACAGGCCUCCCAGGACUUCCCGAAGUCCAAGUUCAUCAAAGUGCCCCUGGAAGUGCUGUACAAACGGGAGGAGAACCAAGUGCCCUCGAAACUCCUCGACCUCCUGGGCUACAUCGAGGAAAACGGACUGAAUAAAGAGGGCAUAUACAGAACGAAUGGGUCCCAGAUGGAGAAGAAACGUCUGAUAGCAGCCCUGGAUUCGGAAGAGUACGCCAAAGAGGCUCUGGAUGAUUUUGACGUGCGGACAGCGGCUGAUGUUGUGAAGGUGUUCUUCCGUUCGCUGCCAGAUCCACUGUUCACCUACGCAGCCUAUCAGAGAUUCAUGAUGGCUAUGGACCCUGAAAGCGAAGAGGAGAAAGUGCGGCUCAUUUUCCAACACAUAUCCAAACUGCCAUCCGCCCAUUUCGACACACUACACGCCACAGUCGUGCAUCUGCUCAAAGUGAGUGACAAGAGCGAACACAACAAGAUGACUGUUAGCAAUAUGGCAACAGUCUUCGCGGAGAACCUGAUUUUCACAGACACUGUCAACAUCCAGGCAGGAGCCGCAAUCCUCAGCACCAUUCAAAAGAAAACUCAUCUCCUUGUGCUCAUUCUAGAACGCAUCGCCAAACGAGUCAACCACAGUCUAAGUUGCAUCGAGGAUCUGGACAAUGCACUGGCAGUCAUUGACGCCAAAUUGUCUGUGAUCCAGGGCGAAGACGACGAAAGCGAAGAUGCUGAGAAUGUAAAGAGAAACCUGUCAAUGGUGCUAGACUUGCAACUGAGCAAAGAUGUGGAAAAUCAUCUCAACCCCGAAGAGAUGCGUCUGAAGUCGGGUACCAUACCAUUUUCACAAGCAGAUCAAAACAUUUUAAAAGAACAGCAGUCGAAUGACACGAAUGUGCCGAGAGACGAGUUCCUCGCCCCCGUGCAUCACAGCGACGCCAGUGUGCUAAUGGAACAGCGGAAGCUAACUAUAAAAAUCAGGGAAAGGCUUCUAAAUAACAUGACAGCAUUGACUUACGACGGCGCAGAUGCGAUGCGUAACAUGGGGGACGAUGACGAGGACGGAGGCUAUUUUGUUCACUCCUGCAGCGACAAAACACAGUCUCUUAUGAUUGUGGAACCCAGAAACCCAAAAUACCGAACCACAACAGAUACAUCACACUUGGAACCGACUACGGAUUCUGAGACAAACGAAAGGGGACGUCACAAUAGUCGGUCGGAUGGAUCUGUCAGUGAUUCGAGCGACAUUGCAGACGAAUAUUCAUACAAGUUAUCGUGGAGGCUAACAGAGUCAUGUGAACCAAGUGCUUCGAUCACGGGUUCAUUUUCAAACCGUCCUUUCCCUAAAAUACAUACGAGUCACCGAGACUACCCUGAUGCCGAUAGCAACCCAGGUUCAAAUCCCACGGAAGGCGAAAGUAAUUUAGACUUUAUUCCCAACAUGCUAUACAAUCAAUUGUUUCACACUCAAUCGCCUGAAAGCGACAGAAGUGCACAGUCUGCGUCCUCCCGGUCUUCAUUUCAAAUUUGAUCGCCACCUGACAGAUGUCUUUAAGAUAAUCUAAUGUGUAGAUAUUUGAACUGAAACGGAUCAAUGACACUCAAAAUGAUUCCGUCCUCAUUCCAAUUGAUUAACCCUUACGGUAAAAAAAAUCUGAGCAGUCUUUAUUUUUGAUGUUAGAUGGAUAGUUUAUUAAGAUGAUAAUUGUUGUGGUGAAACUUAGUUUCAUUUCUAUAGGAAAAAUUUAUGAAAUAAAUCAAAUUAGAUUCAAGAGGAAUUCUUCCUUCGUGUCUCAUUUUCAGAAGAUGCUAACAAAUUUCAAUUAUUUUCGUUACUUCAGUUAUUUAAUU